AUGUACAGAAACCGAGAGAAAUACAGUAUAAAAAUCUGUAGCAGUCGUUCUCUGAUCGUGAUAUGGCGUAGUUUCAGAGAACAAUUCGUGACUUAUGGCUGUGGUGUUCACUACCUGUAUGAUCAUACAAAACUGGGCUUCAGGGAUGAGGAGCUGCCCAGCCUCAUGGAUGGGAAGUAUAUGGGAGUUGGUUUGACAAAGGCAGUGAAGGUUCUUGAGGGAGAAGGCGGAAAAACAGGAAGCGCAUUCGUUGUAACAGAUGUAACCAAGGGAGCUUUCCAUGUGGAUGAACAAAAUCUUCUCGAGAAAAUCUCGCAAAUGUCCAUUUUCAUUGAUCCACGGUCCGGCCAGUCAACAUUCACCGUGAAGGCAGCAAUGCAGCCGUACAAUAAGGAAAACAUUCUUGAAGCAAAUCAAAGGUCUAUAUGUCAGAACAACGUAUGGAAAGAAGCAGCGGACUUUUCCGAUUGGAAACAUUGCUGCUGCUGCCAAUACAUUGAAACCACUGAUGGCGGACAAUGCACCGUUGAGCAGUACUUCAAAAAGCACUACAACAUCCAAUUGAAGUGCCCAGGAAUCUUCACAGUGUCGGAGCGGCGCAAUCCGCAUAGCUACUAUCCUGUUGAACUGCUGACAGUUGCACCUUCGCAGCGAGUCACACUUCAGCAGCAGACGCCCGAUCAACGGCACAAUCCGCAUAAUUACUACCCUGUUGAACUGCUCACAGUUGCACCUUCACAGCGAGUCACACUUCAGCAGCAGACGCCCGAUCAAGUUGCCACCAUGAUCAAGGCAUCGGCGACGCUCCCCGAUAACCGUUUGCAUCAAACCAGGAAAAUGAAGGACGCCUUGGACAUCACUCCACGUAAUCCAAACCUCGCUAGUGCAGGCAUCAGUGUUGCGAAUAAUUUCACAACGGUGACUGCUCGUGUUUUACCGACACCAACCAUCGUUUACGGAGGGUCGCAGACAUUAAAGCCGACGGACAACUGCAAGUGGAAUGGAGAUCGCUCAAAGUUCCUGGAACCAGCUCAGCUGACGAACUGGGCUGUUUGUGCGACGUUGACGCAGAAUGACGCUCGCCGUUUACAGAUAAAGGACUAUGUGCAGCGUGUGGAGGGUAGAUGCCGUCUCAGAGGUAUGCAGGUGGAGCCAGUGGGUGAAAUCUACAUGAAUCAGAGACAGAACUUCGAAAGUCUUCGGGUACUGUUAUUUUCGUGUAUCGAGGUUUCUGUAUUAUUAUCAGAAUGCGAGACGCAAUGA